UCCUUCCCCGACCACUCUUCUCGGUCACAAUGACAUCCCGCGCCUCUUCCCGCUCCUGCUCGCGCUCCUCCCGCUCCUCGUUCGUCCUCACUGUGACGAGCUCCACCACCAAGUCCUCCAUCUCCUCCCGUGUCACGGCCACCACUGCCGCCACCGCCGCCGUCGCCGUCGCCUGCCUUCUCGCCGCGCCGCGGCCCGACCCCUCGGUCGCGCUCGGAGCCCUGCAUUCCGUCGUUGACCUCGCUCUUCGUGCCGUCGACUUCUCCAUUGCCGUCCGAGCGCUCGCUGCGCUCGCUGCGCUCCUCGCGCUUUCCGUCACUGCCUGGGCCGUGCUGCCGCAUCGUGAUCCCGACGUGCUGACGCUCGUCGAGAAAGCGUCGAUCGCCCUUCGCCUGGUCCGCUCGAUGUGGGUUCGUGCAGGGUGGAGCGCCUUCAGCAUCGACCACGCGGCGUACGAUGCGGAGCUUGCCGCUGCCAACCCGCGCUUCAUGAGCGCCGAAGCCGCAGUCACGCUCAUCCGUGACGGCGCCGUGGUGGCCUUCUCGGGAGUGGCGGCCAACGUGGCGCCCAGCCUUCUCGUGGGGGCGCUGCGGCGGCGCCACCUCGCCACCGCCUCACCACGCGGGCUGACCGUGGUCGGGCCGGGAGGCAACGGGGCAAAGGGGAAGGGCAUCCUGCGGGGCUCUGUCGAGGAGUUGGCGCUGCCGGGGCUCGUGACGCGCCUCGUUGUGUCGCACACGCUCUCGCUCCCCAAGUUCCUGCGGCUUGCGGAGGGGCCCGACUCCGGCCUCGAGGUCCAGAUCCUGCCGCUCGGCAUCAUCGCGAGGCUCUUCGCCCGACUCGCCGGCGGGCGGCAACCCCAGCUCGUGUCGACCGUGGGCGUCGGCACCUUUGUGGACCCGCGGUGCGGCCGCGGCUCUCCGCUCACGCCGGGCGCGCCGCACCUGGUGGUGCCCGACGCCGACUCGGGCGGCCUCCAGUUCUCGCUCGGCGUCGACCGCAUCGACGCCGCAGUCAUCAACGCGCCGCUGGCCGACCGGCGCGGCAACCUUUACUCGCACGGCGCGGCGGUCCUUAACGAGUCGUACGACAUGGCGACCGCCGCAAAGCGAGGCGGCGGCGUGGUGGUGGCGCAGGUCGGCGCCGUCGUGGACGACGCCGCGGCGCGCGGCAUGCAGGUCUGGAUCAACGCCGAGCACGUCGACGCCAUCGUCGUCAACGGUCGCACGGAGCAGGUGCUUGGCGCCACGUACGGCUCUCCCUUCUCGUGGCUCACGCUGCAGCACGGCGCCGACGGCGUCUCGAAGGGCAAGGGGCUGCAGUCCGCCCGCCUCAUGUGCAAGCUCGCCAACGCCACGCCCGUGCGCAGCGACAUCGACCGCGCGAUGGCGCGCCUCGCGGCGCACGAGCUCACCUCGCGUGUGUCUGCCGGCGCGCUGGUGGACAUCGGCACAGGCCUGCCCGAGGAGGUGUCUUCGGUGCUAGAUGAGUGCGGCGCGCUGGAGCAGCUCCGCAUGGUGGUCGAGACCGGCGUCUUUGGGGGCGUGCCGGCGCCGGGCAUGCUCUUCGGCGCCUCCAUCUUCCCGGACGAGAUGGUCUCCACGGCGGAAGCGUUUGAGCGGAUGCAGGGCAGCCUCGACGCGGUGGUGCUUGGCGCGCUCGAGUUUGACGAGGCGGGCGACGUCAACGUGUCCAACAAGCGCGGGGACGUUGCGAGCUACGUCGGGCCGGGCGGCUUUAUGGACCUGAUCGACUGCGCUCAGCUCGUCAUCUUUGUCUGCCCGUUCUCGCAACAGGCGACCAUCACCGUGGGCGCCGACGGCUCGUUGAGCAUGGCGCGGCAGGUUGGCGCAAAGCUCGUGCCACGUGUGAGCGAGGUGACCUUCAGCGGCGCCAGGGCGCUCGCCGCCGGCAAGAGCGUCCUCUACGUGACCAGCGUCGGCUUGUUCCAGCUCACGCCGCGCGGGCUGCAGCUCACGGCGCUGAUGCCGGGGCUAGACAUGCGAAGGCACGUCGUCGACGCCGCGCCCGGCGUGCGGUUGCACCAGCCGCCGGGCGAGCCGCCCGCAACCGUUGAUCGCAGCAUCGUGACGGGAGGGGAGAAGUUCGCCCUGCCGCCACUUCAGCCGUAAGGGGAGGAGUCAGAGUGCGUCAUCGGUCAUGGAGUGCGUUUAGCGAGAACCGCGAGAUGUUUCAGGAUCAGCUGUCAUUAUGUGAGAUUCUGUCAAUUGGUUCCCUCCCUCCCUCGUAUGACGAUUAGACAACGUCAUCGG